GCGCCUCCGUCUCCGGCCGGCUCUCCUCGAUCGCUACGAUUUCAGGGGGGGCCCCCGGACGAAACCACCAAAAAUCCCAGCGCAGAUCACUCGCCGGCCUCCUGCUCCAGCAGAUCCUCUCCCAACCGACAGCGUAACAAAAACCCCGGCUAUCCUCUUCGCUGUCUGCUCUCCUUCACGCUACUAGAGCGCGGCUCUGCCAAACUGCAGGGAUCCAUCGUCCCGCGGGGCCGGCCAGCCGGGGUAGUACUACGGUGAUGAGGUCCAUGGAGAGCACGGACUCGUCGUCCGGUGAGCUACCACCACCGCAGAAGCAGCCGAGCUCGGCGCCGGAUCUCCCGCCGGGCUUCCGGUUCCACCCCACGGACGAGGAGCUGGUCGUCCACUACCUCAAGAAGAAGGCCGCGUCCGUGCCACUCCCCGUCGCCAUCAUCGCGGAGGUCGACCUCUACAAGUUCGAUCCGUGGGAGCUACCUGAUAAGGCGACAUUCGGCGAGCAGGAGUGGUACUUCUUCAGCCCGAGGGACCGCAAGUACCCCAACGGAGCGCGGCCGAACAGGGCGGCGACGUCCGGCUACUGGAAGGCGACUGGCACAGACAAGCCCAUCAUGGCGUCCGGCGGCAACCGCGAGAAGGUCGGCGUCAAGAAGGCUCUCGUGUUCUACCGCGGGAAGCCGCCAAAGGGCCUCAAGACCAACUGGAUCAUGCACGAGUACCGCCUCGCGGAUGCGGCGAGCUCAACCACCAGCCGGCCGCCGCCGCCUUGCAACGCCGGAGGCAAGGCCACGUCUCUCAGGCUCGACGACUGGGUGUUAUGCCGCAUCUACAAGAAGAUCGACAAACUUGGAGUCGGCGAUCCGCCGCGGAUCAUGGAGUGCGGCGAGGACUCCGUGGAGAAUGCGGUGGCAGCCUACCCGACGCAUGCCGCGGCUGCUGCCAUGGCCGUCGCAGUCGCAGGCGGAGGAGGGGCUUACCAUACCGGCAAUUACACUUCGCUGAUCCACCACCAUCACGAGGACAGCUUCCUGGUGGAUGGGCUGCUCACAGCAGAGGACGCGGGCGGCAGCUCCCUGAGCCAGCUAGCCGCGGCAGCCAGGGCAGCUGCUCCAACAGACACCACCAAGCAGCUCCUCGUCCCGUCCUCCACCACCCCGUUCAACUGGCUCGACGCGUCGGCACUCACGAUUCUUCCGCCGGCAAAGAGGUUCCAUGGGUACAACAGAGACACCACUGACGGCGGCGGCACGUCCCUCCCGUCGCCGUCCGAGAGGAAUAACCUGCAGGCGGCUGUCGGCGCCGUCGAUAGUGGCGCCAGCGGUGGCACUAGUGCCGUCAUUCCAUCAUUUCUCAAUCCGCUCGGCGUGCAAGGUGCGACAAGCUAUCACCACCACGCCAUUUUCGGCACACCGGUGACGCCGGAAGCCGCCGCGGCCGCCGCAUGCAGUUUCCAGCACCCCUACCAGCUGUCCGGCGUGAACUGGAACCCGUAAAAAAUCCUUGAUACCGACGUUGCAUUGGUGCAUAUGGCUGGCUUUUCAGGUAGAUCACAGCAUCACCAGCAUGUAGUAGUACAGUUGUUAUAGUGGUAGUAUCAUUCAGUGAACCACAGGACAAAUUAAUUAAAGCCCAUGCAUAUUGCCGCAUUGCCUACUACGAGCACGUACCUGUACGGAGCUCUAAGCAACCGCGAACCAGCUGGUAGGGCGCGAUAUUGAGACAAAAAAUCUAGCUAGGCGAGACUUAGCGAUAGAUAUGAGAUAUUAAUUAGCCAUCUAGCCUCUUGCAUCGUCUCUAUAUCUACAAAUUGAGCCCUGCAUAAAAUAAUUUAGCCUGCAUGCACAGUUCAUGACAUGCCCUUCAGAAAACAAAAUUAACAGCUGCUUUACUAUGUAUAUAUGCACGGUUCACAUGGGCAUGUAGUUAACAGGGGUAAAAAUAUAGGGGCACGUACGAUAAUUGUAUUUGCAUAUGCAUGUAGAUAAUCGUAUCAUCGUAUGCUUGAUUCAUAUAUGCACACGCAUGGUCAGUGUUCAUAUACUAGCUAGCUAGUAACCUAGUACUACAUACGUAGAUAGAGGAUUUCCGAAUUGAGCCGCAGCUGUUGUGUAUAGAUCUUCUCUUGCAAUGGGUUGGUUGCUAGAUAUGAAAGCCGCCGCCCGUCAUUGGCGCCAUCUAGUACUAGGCACCUGCAGGUUGUGCGCAUGCAUGCAUGCACAAGAUAGCUGCGUAUGUAAUCUAUGUUUCAGCUGAAUUAUUGGACUGUAAUGUAUAUACAGACGAGUUUUAGAAAUGGUUAGACCGUUUG